CAUAGAGUGGCAUAUCCAAUGAAUUGCUGAUACUGACAAAAGAGUACAGCAAAAAAUAUGCAUGCAAUUGCUAUUAGACAAAAUUGAAUCUCUUUUCUUCACUUAUUUUGAGGCUUCGAUGACAACGAACUCUUCAUAUAAUUUAGAAUCAACCAAUUCAUUGAAUUGUUAUUUUUUUUUUUUUUAAAAAAGAAGGCAAAGACAUGGAAAAUAAAGAUGACACCCCAAAAGAAGCAAAAGAUUAUUAUUCUAGAUCAAUAUGGUGGUCAGAAACAGCACAAGCAUUUGAGGAUCAUAAAACAUAUGCCACAAAUGGAACUUAUAGCUUCCAAGAAAUACUAACUCCAGAAAUUUCUGAAACAUUUGGAGAUCUCAAAAAUUUGAGUAGUAACAAAAACAGAGUUCAUGAAAUAGUACCGGACACCGGUAGCGAAGAAAACGGUAAAUUUGUUCCUUACUCUGUACAAUUAUUGUCAACAGAAAUUGUGGAAAUAGUUGAGGAUGGAAAGAGCAUAACAAUCAAGAAAGAUAGAAGAGUUGAUGACCUUUAUGUUGCUGUUGGUGAAGAUGAUAUGGAUGUAGUGAAAUGGGUUCUUGAUCAUGCUGUUUCUCCUGGUGCUAGGAUUUUUCUUGUCCAUGUUUCUCCUCCAAUUACAUUGAUUCCUACGCCAGUUGGGAUGCUUGGAAGAAGCCAGCUGACCCCACAACAAGUAAGACGUUACCUGAAUGAAGUUAACAAUAAGAGGAAAGAUCUUUUGCAGAAGUACAUCCAGCUGAGCACUGAAGCCAAGGUAACUGCAGAAACGUUGAUUCUAGAGAGCAAGGACAAAGGAAAAGCCAUUCUGGAUCUCAUCUCUAUUCUUAACAUAACCAACCUUGUAUUGGGAGUCAAAAAGCUACGGCGCAAUGAUAAAUUAAGGGAAGGAGAGUUUGUGAAGAAAAAUGCACCAAAGACAUGUGAUGUUACAUUGAUUUACAAUGGUGAAUUGUUUGUGUAUGAGAUUGAUGCUUUUAUGGAUGAAUGCCAAUCACAAAGUAAAUAUCACUCAAAAUGCAACUUCUUUCAUCAGUGUAUUUGCUUUUCAGGAUGUGUGGGAGAAGACAUGGAUAAAUAG